AUGUGAAUAAUAAUUCAUAUUUUGGUCUUAAUAAAGGGAGAAGAGAAAAUCACAAAAAUAACAGCAAUCGCAGUAGGUAAAAGAUCGACGAUUGAAAGUUGGUAUUAUUCACGGCACCGAUCUGUAGAGUAUUUGUCAGUGUUCCGUUAUCAAUGUUCGGCUUUCAAAUGAAAUGGUGGGCGUAACUUUUGAAUAGUAAUAUUCGCUACGAAUUUUUUUAAAUAGCCGUGUGUUUAUUUUCGAUUUAGUGUACAUUGUGGGUUACACCUCCAAAAACAAAACAGGAAAAUAGAUGUUUUGAUUGUAAAAAUCAGUACUAAUUAUUCAGUUCAAUAAGUGCAAUAAACAGUAAGUUGGUGGAAAUGGGCGAUGAUUAUUAUUUGCAUAAUAACAUAUCGAAUAGUGACGAUUCGGAAUCAGAAUUAAAUUUGAGCACACCAGAGCUGAAGGGAUACCUAAGUAAGUGGACUAAUUAUAUUCACGGAUGGCAGCCUAGGUUCAUCGUGUUGAAGGAUGGUACCCUUUCCUACUAUAAAAGUGAACAGGAUAGCGAUUUCGGAUGUCGUGGAGCAAUCAGCCUGCAGAAAGCGACGAUUAAGUCACACGAAUUCGACGAGUGUCGUUUUGAUGUUUCGAUUGGGCAAAAUGUAUGGUACUUGCGGGCAGAAACACAAGAAGACAAACGGAACUGGAUCGAAGUCCUUCAGUCAUACAAAACCGACUAUCCUGAAACAAUUAACUUACGUCGACACGGAAGCGCAAUCUCAUUACAGUCCAACACAUUGUCGACUGCCAGUGGGAGCAGCUUGAAGCGUGUCAGUUGGGGAUUGCGCGAAAAAUUGCAUGAAAUCGAAACAUACCGAGAUAUUCUGUUCGGACAGGUUGAUACGCUACAACGAUAUUUCGAUUCGCUACAGUUGAAAAAUGAAGGCAAGGAUUCUUUAGAAUUAGGCGAUGGCUUGCGACCGAUUGACUUCAAAGGAGAGGCAAUAACAUUCCGUGAGACAACAGCUGGCGUGAUAACUACGCUACAGCAUUGUUUGGAUAUUAUUAAGCAAAAAGAGGACAGUUUCAAGAAGAAAUUAGAAAAGGAAAUUGAUAGACGCAAAAAGGCUGAAGAGCUGUACAGGCAAUGUAAGGAAGAAUCAGUUAAAAAUCGCAAUUCUAUCCCUGGUCCUGAUUUGGAGGAAGGGCCACACUCUACUAUACCGGAGGAUGAAUUCUUCGAUGCGGUCGAGACAGGGCUAGACAAAAUAGAGGAAGACCGUCAGUUACGAGUGAGACUCAAAUUUCAGUCACAACAGUCCCAAGUCAGUACUGCUAGUUCCGUUUUCGAUGUCACUCAUGAGACUGAUGAUGAUAAACGGCAAUCAGAGGAUUUUGGCACCGGUGCCCAAGCACGCAGUCACAAGUUAUGGCCGGAAAUUGACAAAAUCUGUACAGAGCAACUAUAUCAAGCUCGACAGGGUGUCGGAGAUGGAGGCAACGGAUGGCAACUGUUCGCCGAUGAGGGCGAAAUGAAAAUGUACCGAAGGGAAGAGGAAGUCGAUGGAAUGGUAAUCGAUCCACUAAAAUCAUGUCAUGUGGUGCAAGGGGUGACGGCGCGGGAAAUGUGUCAUUACUUUUUCGAUCCAGCAUACAGAAAUGACUGGGAAACUACACUGGAAGAUGUGCAAAUAGUGGAUAAUGUCGCACCGGAUACGAUGGUCUUCCUGCAAACGUAUAAACGCAUUUGGCCCGCCAGUCAACGUGACGCUCUGUUUUGGUCGCACAUGCGAAAGAUCACCGAUAAUGUCGACCAGGGAGCCCAUGACACGUGGGUUGUGUGCAAUCACUCCAAUCAAAACGAAGAAUAUCCGCCCGCCAACCAAGGCAAGUGCGUUCGUAUUUAUCUAACAGUAAUAUUAGUGUGUCAAACAUAUCUUGCCCCCGGGAAGGACAGUAAAACGGCCACCCGUGAUGAUCUAACAUGCAAGAUAACAUACUGCUCUACUGUGAAUCCCGGUGGCUGGGCCCCGGCAACAGUGCUUCGUGCUAUCUAUAAAAAAGAAUAUCCAAAGUUCCUUAAACGCUUCACAGGAUAUGUAGUUGAUCAGCGUAAUUCUAAGCCUAUUAUGUACUAAAAGUUUGAGAGCGAACAAACGGACGAAUGACUGUGUGAUUUUUGUUUAAUAUUGUGUUAGACAAAGAGAGAUCUUCAACAGAUAUAAUACAAGAACCAACCGACUAUUUAGUUUUGUUACAAUUUAUAAUAAGAUUAAAGGCGGUAAUUUGUUACCCCCGACACCGUUUUUGGCAUGUCACAGGUGAGGAAGUGUCCAACUGUUGAAUGUAAUUAAAGAUCUUGACUACGGAAGGCUAUCAAAUGUAAACCCUCAUUACCGUUCAGAACAACGGCUGUGAUGUAAAAUGUGGAACUAUUUUUAGCCACUUUGUUGUUAGGCCGAAAAUUUGUCAAUAAAAUAUAAUCUUUUGGACAGAUAAGAUA